AUGGGAUGUAGAGCUAUUGAUACUUCUAUGGAUCCCAAUGUUAAACUCCUUCCAGAACAGGGGGAGCCACUUAGUAAUCCUGAAAAGUAUAGGCGGCUCGUUGGAAAGUUGAAUUAUCUCACAGUGACUAGACAUGACAUUUCCUUUCCUGUGAGUGUUGUAAGUCAGUUUAUGACUUCCCCUUGUCAAAGUCAUUGGGAAGUAGUGGUUCGUAUUUUGCGAUAUAUAAAGUCAGCUCUUGGGAAAGGACUACUCUUUGAGGAUCAAGGUCAUGAGCAUAUCAUUGGAUAUACAGACACUGAUUGGGCACGAUCACCCUCUGACAAUCGUUCAACAUCCGGAUAUUGUAUUUUAGUAGGAGGUAAUUUUGUGUCUUGGAAGAUUAAGAAACAUAAUGUGGUUGCUCGAUCUAGUGCAGAAUCAAAAUAUCGAGCAAUGGAGACAGAAACAGUUACUGGGAGAACUACAACUUUGCAAAAUUGA